AAGGAAGAGUCGCCAUCUGUUGAGAGGAUCAAGAACCAACUGUGUCAAUACUGUCUGGACCAAACCUGGACCAAACCUGGACCAAACCUGGACCAAACUGGACCAAGAUGGACCUAAAGAAGCUGGCUGGCCAGGCUGGCCAGUUCCUAACUCGUGCAGUACAGUACACAGAAGAAAAGAUUGGCAGCGCUGAAAAGACAGAAUUAGAUGGCCACUUUGAAUCCUUGUCCCAUCAAGCGGAUUCGGCCAGACACUGGACGGAAAAGAUGCUGGUUGGUGCAGAGUCUGUCCUUAUUCCAAACCCAGGCAACAGGGUAGAAGAUAUGAUCUUUGAAAAGAUUGAGAAGCGCCGUCCCAAUAGACUUAGCAACUUGGAAUAUUUUGGGUUGGAUAUGGUUCAAGCUGGGAAUGAUUUUGGCUCAGGGACAGCGUAUGGGUCAGCACUGCUGAAAGUAGGUGGUGCAGAGCAGCGUCUUGGGAUGGUGGAGAGAGAAUUUAUUAGCAAUGCAGUUCAGGGGUUUAUCCAGCCACUGAGGAAGUUCCUCGAAACUGAAAUGAAAACGAUCACAAAGGAGAAACGACUUUUAGAGACCAAGAGGCUGGAUCUCGAUGCAUGCAAGAGUCGCCUCCGGAAAGCACGUUCACUGGAUGGCCAGUCUUCACAAAAGGAUGCAGUGGAUCCCAAAGUCUUAGUCGCUCAGCUUCAGGCAGAGCAGGAAGUGUUAGAAGCUGAAGCAGAUUUAAGGAAGGCUCAGGCUGACUUUGAUAGACAGGCUGAAAUUACUAAACUGCUGCUGGAAGGUGUAAGGUCGUCACAAGCAGCUCACCUGCGUUACCUGAAUGAGCUUGUUGAGGCCCAGACACUCUAUUAUGAUCAAUCCCACAAAGUCAUGGUGGAAUUGCAAAAGGAACUGGCAAGUGUCCCCUUCAACCCCUCGGCAGUCGGAGCUUUUGACAACAGUGUCCCAGUUUUCCAAAUAAAUGACGAAGAAAUUGACUUGCAAUCCCCAUCUUCACCCUAGCCUAGCAUGUUUGAUUGUUAAACUCUGUAAUCUUAUUUCCAGUGUUAUUACUGGCCUUAUUAGUGAUAUUUCUAUCUGUCCAUAUCAUGUAUGCCUUUACGGUAGUAAUAGAAGGCUGGUGCAUGCAAGAUCCUCCCUAAAUGUUGCAGUUAGAUUUUAUGUUUGUGUGUUUACGAUGCAGCGUCAUUUAAAUUAUAUUCUUAGGGAAGCACUUAAUCUGUAGGGGUUGCAAAGCUUUUGGAAUAUUAGGAGAUACAAGGUUUGAGAUGAGGAAGGGGAGGGUAAUGCCAGUUUCUUGUAUAAAGAUCCAUUCACUAGUAUCAAAGCUCUCAUCCCUGCCACCUUGAAUAAGUUACAGUUGAACAAAUACUCAAGCAUCUACUAGGGAAUUAUUCUUAUGUUUUUCACACACUUUUGUGAAGGGCUUUUCAAAUUUAUUAUAUGUACUUAAAUACGUACAAGAAUAUGUUAAAAUUAAAAAGUUUUCAAGAGAAGUGCCUUGGUGUUAGUGAAGAGUUCUUUGAAGAACAAAAAGGCACAUUUCCCUGACCGGAACAAUACACAAAUAACCCACAAAUAGGAGAGAAAAGCUUACCAAUAUGUUUCUGUAUGACCAUUUACAUUGUCACACUAACACAAAAUGGUCCAAGUCAUACCGAAAUGUCGCCAUAAGGUUCUCUCUCCUAUUUGCGGGUUAUUAUCUAAGAAUUCUUGAUUCAAGAAAUUGUAACUACAUGAUUACCUCCCAUUUGUCGGAUACUGUAUGAACCCCUCCCAUCCCUACAGGUUUAGCGUCUCUCCAUAAAUGAAAUAAUUUAAAAUCACUUGUAGCGUACAUACACAUCCGAGGGAGAAGUAGAGGUAGAGAAAAUACACUCAGAUGGUAUAAAGAUUUGAUAGAGCUUAGUCUACUAACAUUUUGAGGGAUAAGUUAAUCCUCUUAUAUGAGAAGGACUUUUAGUGUGUAUGUAGCAGGAGUGUGUGAAGUGUUAGUGGGAGAAUGACUGGUAAUAACCCCAGUAUCACUAGUCACUAACAUUCACCCAAGAUAUAAAGUAAGACUGGUAGUAACCCCAGCAUCACCAGUCACUAACAUUCACCCAAGUAUAAAGUUAAGACUGGUAGUAACCCCAGCAUCACCAGUCACUAACAUUCACCCAAGAUAUAAAGUAAGACUGGUAGUAACCCCAGCAUCACCAGUCACUAACAUUCACCCAAGAUAUAAAGUAAGACUGGUAGUAACCCCAACAUCACCAGUCACUAACAUUCACCCAGGAUAUAAAGUAAGACUGGUAGUAACCCCAGCAUCACCAG